AUGGCCGCCGGCGUGAACAGGCUUCCGCCCCGUCUCACCACGCUUGCGGUCUUCUCCUCGCCGACACCGAGCCCCUUCGGCCCCAACAAGCGCGUCGCCAGGCCCAGGCUCAGGCCCCCGCCGAUCUCCAUCUCCAUGGACCCGGCCCUCGUCGACCCGGCCCACCUCCAGGCGCUCAUGCUCGCCUGCGCGCACUCCUGCGCCAUCCGCCUCUCCCCGCCGGAAGCCGCCGCGCGGCCGGAGCCCGUCGACAUCCGCAAGCUCCGCACCGCCGUGGCGCACAGCUUCCUGGUCGUGUCCGUCUUCUGCGGGACCAGGUUCCUGGAGGAGGACGACGGAGGAGACGACCGGCGCUUCAUGGGCCUGGAGCUCGACCUCGGGCUCGGGCGGCGGGGGGAGCAGCGGCUCGUCGGGUUCGGACGGGCCGUCUCCGACAUGGGGCUCACCGCCUCCGUCCAUGACGUCGUGGUUCAUCCAUCAGUGCAGAGGAGAGGAAUUGGGCGCAAAAUACUUGAAAAAAUUACAAGGGUACUCCAUAGCAGAGGUAUUUAUGACAUUUCUGCAUUAUGCACAGGAAAGGAGAGGCCAUUUUUUCAAGCAUGUGGAUUCGGUGAUGAUGCAAUGGGUGCCACAACGAUGAUGUACACUAGAAACUUGUACAAAUAG